AGCGAAACUCCGAGCACCUCAUCUUCCUUUCUGAUUCUUCCUCUAUCCUCCUUCUCUUCGUCUUCAACCUAGUCACCAUGCAAGUCGCACAGAUUCUCUCCGAUCUAACAUCCCUUCAAGUCCAGGAUCAUCACGACGCCCUCGCCCUCGUCACCGUCAACGAGAGGAUUCCCCGCACCCACACCGCAGAGGGGAGCGCAUCCCCGGCGAAAUCUGCAUCCGUCGACCCCGCGGAGCAGACGGUUCACGAUGACCUCCGUCGCGCCACGGAGCUGGUGGAGUUACACUACGAAAUCAAGGCGCGCCAUGCGGACGGGAUCGUGGACGAUGACCUUGCGAGGGCAAGGGACGAGGUGGAUCGCGUAUUGAUGGAGAUGGAGGAGGAUGCUUGGUAGGAUAUUCAGAAUGCGACGAGGUACGAUAUGAACAUGAGGUUAUGAAGAGGGAACUGGACAGGCAUCUGUGGCAUAUGUUGGUGUUGGGUAUAGGCGUACGGGUUCCGAACGGACGGAUGGCUGUUAUAUGGCUGUUAUAUGUAUACCACUGGUUCAACUGGACUGAGCCUUGCUGUAUUUUGAUUGAAUUAGAGGGGUUUAGGUACUUCUCUCAAGAAACCACCUACUACGAUCUAGAUCUAUCAAUCCACGUCCAAGCAGAGUAUGAUGUAUGCAAUGACGUC